CAACAAUCAACACACAAAACCUCAAAUCCUGAAUAUACAAUUCACCAUUGAAGAAAACCAAGCAAAACCCACUAUCCCCCCACAUGACACUCAUCUUUCUCAUCGUUCCCAAUAUCUUAACCUAAGGUCAAUCACUUGUACAUCACGCAUCAUCACUUGUACCUUCACACUCACCUCUUCGGAUACCCACAAACAAUACCAAAAAGAAGCCAACACGAUUGCAAACAUCAAGAAACUGCAGAACCCCGAGGUACAACCACAAUAAUGGAGCCCAUUGUGAAGAUGAAUUUAGGGUUUACAUUAAAUUACUCUUCCCAAUUUCUAUGUGUUUCGUUUUCAUGCUUCCCUUUGAAGCGAUUUUUGUCUAAUUAAUCGGGGAAAUCGAGCCCCAACGCACACAUUUUUUGCAGAUGCCGAUGUUAGGCCACAAACACAAAUGUUGUUGUUAUCACUUGUUUCUGUUAUUGUUAUCUCUUCUUGUUUUUGUUGCAACCAAUGCUUCUUCUAACGAUGAAGCUCGUCUUCUUCUUUCAUGGUUUCCACCUCAUAUUUCCUUCUCUAACUGGAGUUAUUCCGAUCAAAGCCCUUGUAACUGGGCUUACGUCACCUGUUCGUCACAAAAUUUCGUUACUGAAAUCAACAUUCAGAGUGUCGAAUUAGCGAUUCCGUUUCCGACAAACCUUUCGUCGCUUAAAUUCCUUGAUACCCUUAUCAUUUCCGGUGCGAAUUUGACUGGAAACAUACCGGAUGAGAUUGGGGAGAUUACUGCACUCCAGGUGUUCGACGUAAGUUCCAACAGUCUUGAAGGCGAUAUUCCGGUGUCAAUCGGUAAGCUUUUGAACUUACAAGAUCUAGUACUGAACUCUAAUCAGCUUACUGGAUUGAUUCCACCACAGAUUGGUAACUGUUCAAGGUUGAAAAAUCUUGUUUUGUUUGAUAAUUUAUUAACUGGAAGUGUUCCUGUUGAGCUGGGAAAUUUGCAGAUGUUGGAGGUUAUUAGGGUUGGUGGGAAUAAAGAUUUGUCUGGGAAGAUCCCUUUUGAGUUGGGUAACUGUAAAAGUUUACAAAUUUUGGGUCUUGCAGUUACUAAGGUUUCUGGGUCAAUUCCUGUAUCUUUGGGUGGGUUAACAAAGCUUCAAACUUUAUCUGUUUAUACAACUUUGCUUACUGGUGAAAUCCCUAAGGAGAUUGGGAACUGUUCUGAGCUUACUGAUUUGUAUUUGUAUGAGAAUGAUCUGUCGGGUUCGAUUCCGUCUGAGUUGGGAAAUCUUCAGAAGUUGGAGAAGAUGUUGUUGUGGCAGAACAAUCUUGUGGGAUCAAUUCCAUCAGAGAUUGGUAACUGUAAAAGUUUGAAAACUAUUGAUCUUUCUUUAAACUUUUUAUCCGGUGAAAUCCCGUCUUCGUUCGGGAAUCUGGUUGAUCUUCAAGAGUUGAUGUUGAGUAACAACAAUCUGUCAGGGUUAAUCCCGCCCGUUCUUUCGAAUUGUAGUAGUUUGAUCCAGUUGCAGCUCGAUCGAAACGGGUUAACGGGCUCGAUCCCGGAUGAGCUCGGGACGUUGCAGGAGUUGUCGGUGUUCUUCGCAUGGCAGAACAAACUCGAAGGAAGCAUACCGUCAACAAUCACAGGUAUGAAGAGUUUACAGUCUCUUGAUUUGUCUCAUAACUUUCUCACUGGUAGUUUACCUUCGGGUUUGUUCGAACUGAAGAACCUAACGAAAGUUCUCUUGAUUUCUAAUUCCAUUUCGGGUUUGAUCCCUUCUUCGAUUGGGAAUUGUAGUUCGUUGAUUAGAUUAAGGCUAGUAGAUAACAAAAUUAGUGGGCAAAUUCCGAAAGAAAUCGGGUUUCUUGAAGAUCUUGAUUUUCUUGAUAUAUCGGAAAACGAUCUCACUGGAGUAAUCCCGGAUGAAAUCGGGAAUUGCACACGUCUUCAAAUGCUGAAUCUUAGUAAUAACACGCUUUCUGGUACUUUACCUAGCUCAUUAGCUUCUUUAACCACACUUCAAGCUUUAGAUCUUUCAAACAACCGAUUUUCGGGUCAAAUUCCCGACACUUUAGGGCAAUUGGCUUUCAUUAACCGACUGUCGAUUGGUGGUAAUCUGUUUUCCGGACCGAUUCCUGCAUCACUUGCCCAUUGCUCAAAUCUACAGUUUCUCGAUCUUAGUAGUAACCGGCUUUCCGGUAACAUUCCGGUUGAGCUGAUGAGCUUGGUUGCGUUAGAUAUCUCGUUAAAUUUAAGUUGGAACUCGUUAAACGGUACAAUCCCAGGUGAGAUUUCCUCGUUAAACAAGCUUUCGGCAUUAGAUCUUUCACAUAACAUGCUGACUGGAGACUUAAUGGCGCUUUCUGGGCUCGUGAAUCUUGUGUCGUUAAACGUUUCUUACAAUAAUUUCACCGGUUUUCUCCCAGACAACAAGCUUUUCCGCCAGUUAUCGGCCCAAGAAUUGGCGGGAAACGAAGGGUUAUGCCCUUUAGGACACAAGUCUUGUUUCCUAGGUCAAACUGGUCAAACAGGAACGUCGAACAAAAGGAGCAUUAAACAGUCGAAGAAACUUACAAUUGCUAUCGCGUUAUUAGCAACAGCAGCUGUGGCGUUGGUAAUUCUCGGUUUAAUAGCUGUUUACCGGGUUCCGAAAGAGAAACCGCAAGAUACCGAUUCUGAAACCGGUAACUGGAGUUCGUCGAAUUGGAAAUUCACACCGUUUCAAAAGCUUAAUUUUACGAUUGAUCAAAUAUUAAGAUGUCUAAUAGAAACUAACGUGAUCGGAAAAGGGUGUUCGGGUGUGGUUUAUCGAGCGAAUCUCGAUCACGGUGAGGUGAUUGCCGUCAAAAAACUAUGGCCAACAACAAUUUCAACUCCAUAUUGUGAGAAAGACCGUGCGCCGUCGAGUACAGUUCGGGAUUCUUUCUCGACGGAAGUCAAAACCCUCGGUUUAAUCCGACACAAAAACAUCGUUCGGUUUCUGGGUUGUUGUUGGAACCGACACACGCGACUGCUUAUGUAUGAUUACAUGCCUAAUGGAAGUUUAGGCAGUGUUCUUCAUGGGAACAGUGGCUGCUGUUUGGAAUGGAAUUUAAGGUAUCAAAUAAUUUUGGGUUCGGCUCAAGGGUUGGCGUAUUUACACCAUGAUUGUGUACCGCCGAUUGUUCAUAGGGAUAUUAAGGCGAAUAACAUUCUUAUCGGGCUCGAUUUUGAACCUUAUAUUGCUGAUUUUGGCCUUGCGAAACUUGCUGAUGAUAGAGAUUUUGCUCGAUCUUCAAGCACGGUUGCUGGUUCCUUUGGUUACAUCGCGCCAGAAAUCGGGUACAUGAUGAAAGUAACGGAAAAGAGUGACGUAUACAGCUUUGGUGUGGUUAUGCUAGAAGUAUUAACGGGUAAGCAGCCAAUCGACCCAACCAUAGAAGACGGGCUGCACAUCGUGGAUUGGGUUAGACAGAAACGAGGCGCGGUUGAAGUGCUGGACUCGAGCCUUCAGGCCCGGCCCGACACUGAGCUUGAGGAGAUGAUGCAAACCCUAGGCGUGGCUUUACUUUGCGUUGCACCGGCCCCUGAUGAUCGGCCUUCCAUGAAAGACGUUGAAGCAAUGUUGAAAGAAAUACGGCUCGAUAGAGAAGAGGGUUUAAAACCCGAGCCCAAAAUGAAAGGGUCGUGUGCAGGUGUUAAUGGAGAAGAAACCCGUAAGGCGAGUGAAGGCCCGUCAACCGAUGCAAUGAAGUGCUUGUACAUUCAAAGCAAUAACUCGAGUUUUUCUGCUUCGUCGCUGUUGUACUCUUCUUCGUCAAAUGCCGGUAAAAGUGGAGUUUAGUAGAUGGUGUUAGAUGUUUAAUUUAAGAUUUGAUUGUAAAGUUUUUUUAAUUAGAUGUUUGUUUUGCCAUGAUUUUGGAGGGAAAAUAAAUGAAUUUGAAAGCUAAACAAUCUUCUGAAUUAA